AUGGUCACGGCAGCGGCAGCGACAGCGGCAUUUUGUUCUCUCUCGCCGAGCGAUACAGCAUCAUCGUCGGUCACCAUCAUCAGCAGCAGCAUCAAUUUUCUACUACUUUGGUUUAUUUCCACCACCACCUCUCUCGGCUUUAGACACAGCUGGGACUACUAG